AUGCCUAAGUUUUAUUGUGACUACUGCGACACAUACCUCACCCAUGACUCUCUAUCUGUGAGAAAGACACACUGCAGUGGUAGGAAACACAAAGAGAAUGUGAAAGACUACUAUCAGAAAUGGAUAGAAGAGCAGGCUCAGAGCCUGAUCAACAAAACAACCACUGCAUUUCAACAAGGAAAGAUACCUCCUACUCCAUUCUCUGUUCCUCCUCCUGCAGGGGCAAUUAUCCCACCUCCCCCCAGUCUCCCAUGUCCUCCUCGCCCUGGUAUGAUGCCAGCCCCCCAUAUGGGGGACCCCCCCAUGAUGCCAAUGAUGGGCCCUCCUCCUGGAAUGAUGCCAAUGGGACCUGCUCCUGGAAUGAGGCCACCUAUGGAAGGCCACAUGCCAGUGAUGCCUGGGCCCCCAAUAGACCUCUUGCCCGUCCCAUGA